GCCCAACGCGCUGGCGCGCGGCCAUGGCCGUCGGCGUCGCCGCGGCGGAAGGCGCCGCGCGCGCGGCGCUGCGCCGCGCGUUGUCGCGCGAGGAGGCGUUGGAGGCGGACGUGGACGCCUCGCGGCCCUGGCCGGCCCUGGAGGCGGCGCUCGGGGCGCUGCCGGCCGCCGCGCGGCGGCUGCAGGUCCGCCUGUGGGGUGCCGACUUUGCGGACGCCGACGCGCUGGCGGCCCUGCUGCGGCGGUGCUAUCAGGCCCUGCAGACGGCGUCCGCCGCACGGGGCCUGCUGCUCGAGGAGGUGGACGUGCUGCCCCAGCUGCACGGGCUCGCGCCCGCAGGCGCGCCCCCCUGCCUGCUGCGCUCGGGGCGCGUCGGCCACGUCGUGCUCGGGGGCACCUUCGACCACCUGCACGCCGGACACAAGGUGCUGCUCUCUGUGGCCGCCGCGCUGGCGACGGCCAGCCUCACGGUCGGGGUCAGUGGCGAUCCGCUGCUCGUCGGCAAGCAGGAGGCGGUUGUGCUGGAGCCUUGGGACGAACGCGCCGCAGCGGUGGCCUCCUUCCUGGCCCGCCUGCGGCCAGACCUCCCCGUGCGGCUGGAGGUGCUGCAG